AUGCGCAACGGAAAAACGCCCCAUAACGGUAUGUCAACAAAAGAAGCAAUGGAAACCAGAGAUAUCGAUGUAAACGAGGGAAUGAACAAGUCCCUGGUGGAUCUAGUAGCGCCAUGGCGCCGAAAGCCCCUCAAGAAAAUCUGUAUAAGCAAAACUAAUCUGAUAGACGUAGUGAGUGGCACUACUUUACCCGACGCCUACAUCUUCAUAGAAGACGGCAUCAUUUCGAGCGUCGAGUUUGGUUCUGAGAAAUCAGUAGCCGUUGAUCAGGAUGCUUUCGAAAUUAUCGACGGUACUGGAAAGUACGUGACUCCAGGGUUUUUUGACAACCAUGUUCAUAUUGCCUCAGUUGCUGGGGAAGCGGACUUAGGGAAGUUGAUGACAAUGCCGAAAACAGUCGCUUUACUAAGAAUAAGAUACACUUUAGAAGCUGCAUUAGCAAGAGGUUUUACAACAGUGAGGGACUGUGGUGGAGCUGAAGGUUUCUUAAAAGCUGAGCUGCAACAGGGCACUUUGAAUGGCCCCAGGUUGAUAACUUGCGGUCAUGCAAUUUCGCAAACUGGUGGUCACGGUGACCUGAGAUCUGGCGCGCUACCUGCAAGUGCUUUUGACAGCUGUUCAUGCCAUUUCGGUCAGGUUGGCGUUAUAGCUGAUGGUGUUCCUGAAUGCUAUAAAGCAGCUAGAGAGGAAUUUAGAAGAGGCGCGGACUUUAUCAAGAUUAUGGGAGGUGGAGGUGUAGCAUCUCCAACUGACAAAAUUUCAAACAAGCAAUUCUGUGAUGAUGAAAUAAAUGCGUUAGUGAAAAUUGCCAACACCUAUCAUACGUACGUAACGGCACAUGCUUACACUCCAGAGGCCAUACAAAAUUGUCUCAAAUUAGGUGUUAAGGGUAUUGAACAUGGAAAUCUACUUGAUGAACGUACAGCAGAACUAAUGGCAGAAAUGAAUUGCUAUUUGACACCAACUCUAGUGACUUACAAAGUGAUGGGUUCUGAUCAAUUCAGCGCCUUCUUAGGACCGGAAAAUAGUAAAAAAAAUGCUGAGGUUCUUUACAAAGGUAUUGAAGCAUUAAAAAUUGCCCAGAGUAAAAAAGUAAAAAUUUGUUACGGUUCGGACUUGUUGGGCCCUCUAUAUGGCUACCAAACCCAAGAGUUCCGUAUCAGAGGAAAAGUUCAAAGUGCUCAGGAUGUUUUACUCUCGGCCACUGUCACGCCUGCAGAGAUGAAUGGACUGGGAGACAAACUAGGACAGAUCAAGCCGGGAUUUAUUGCUGACUUAUUGAUGAUGAACUCGAAUCCUUUAGAGAACAUUGAGAUUUUGGAUGAGCCGGAGACCAAUUUACUGCUUGUAAUGAAGGAUGGAAGAAUAUACUGA